AUGUCCAUUAAGCCGCUGCCUGAGGACGUCAUCCGCCGCAUCAUGUCCUCGGCAACCAUCACCUCUCUCAACGCCGUCGUCUGCGGCCUCGUCAAGAACUCAUUCGAUGCAGGCGCAACCAGGAUCAACAUCACCGUCGACUACUCUCGGGGCAACUGCACAGUCGAAGAUGAUGGGCUUGGAAUCCUGCCAAUCGAAUUUCGGGAGGCUGGCGGACUAGGCAAACUGUACCACACAUCAAGACACUCCCCCGAGAGCGAAGUCCACGGCGCCAACGGCAACUUCCUCGCCUCACUCGCCGCAUUGUCUCUGCUUUCCAUCACCUCUCAUCACCAUCUGCAUAACUCCCAAAACUCUCUGACGCUCCACAACGCCAAAGUCUUGGCACGCAACGUCCCUGCCUUACCGGAACAGCGUCUCCUUGCCUUUGCCCAUGGAACUCGAGUCAUCGUUAGGGACCUUUUCGGCUCUAUGGCCGUCAGAGUCAAGCAGAGAGCUAUGGCCUCUGAGAAAGCUGCCGUCGACAAGGAAUGGUCCCGCCUGGUUCACGACCUCGCCGCUCUCCUGCUGGCGUGGCCGACGCCUGUUGCCCUCUAUGCCCGAGACACCAUCCACAAUAACGAGAUACGCUUCAAGCCCACCUCAACGUCAAUGGCAACUCGCAGGGCCCAAUUUAUCAGCUUUGGUGUUCACCCCGUGGCUAACGAACACGGUACCAAUGUGUUGUAUACCGAAGUCAAUCGCGUCUUUGUCAACUCCGGUUUUGCGAUUGAAGAAGAUGUGGACAUGUCACUGGACCAGGACGAACUACUGGAGAGCCUCCAAGGUCUCGCUAACAGGAAUGUUCGACCGAAGAGGGGCUUGGAUCAUUGGCCCAUGUUCCACUUCAAAAUCUCUUCCUCAUCGGGAGUGCGGCCUCUUUUGACUUCUUCUUUUGAAGACCUCCUAGAGGAACGCAACCGGACACUAUCAGAUAUGAUCGACUUGCUCAAGCUGGUUUGUUACGAGUUCCUGAAGAAAUAUCACUUCCGCCCUCAUAGAUUCAAUGAUUCUUUGCGACGACCGGGUUAUGAAGGAAAGGAUGAAGGUGCUCAAUCAUCUGGCAGACCCGGUAAACGGUCGAGGCCUGUUUCAAUGGCAUCAAGCCGCUCAAAUUCCGCCACGCCUAACCCAAGACCAGACUCACCAUUUGAUCUCUGGCAACGAAUCAAAUCUGGGCAAGUAUCGGCGGCCACUUCCAAGUCUGGGCAAUCCACACCGAUAUCGUCUACAGCAAGUCCACUAGCGACAGCAGUGUCAUCCGUAAACGAGGAAGAGGAGCAAGACUUACAACCAAGCUUGCGCUUUCUCGAUGAUUCAGGCAAUGUUUUGCGCAGACCUUUCGGAGAUGUGCCUCUUCUCGCAUCGCCAAAAAAGGCCGCGCUUCCAGGCCAAGCCUCAAGCUCGGAGUCCUCCCCAGAAGACGCUGGACAAUACGCAGCUACAGAGACUGGAUUAGCGGAAUCAGCACAACCACAAGAAGUAUCACAGGACUCAUCCCAGUUUCCCAACGUUAAUACCCCAUUUACAUCGGCAUUCCAGCGAUUCAAAGAAAAUACUGCUCAGCCAGCAAAAGAACCCAGCGACUGGUUUAAAGGAGUGCUGUCAAAAUGGGAGAACCCUGUCUUCGAGCCGGUUCAACCUUUCGUCCCUCGCGUUGAUGAUACAUCUCUGGGCGGAGGCGAUGAAGAUGUUGGGUCGACACAGGCGAUUGAUGCUGGAUGUUGCCACCACACAUCCAUGUCCAAUAUCAAGCUGACUGGGCGCAUCUCCAAGGCUGCUCUAGCUGGGGCUGAGGUCGUGUCGCAGGUUGACGCAAAGUUUAUCCUUGUAAAACUACACCGAGAACAGGUGUCUGGUAGAGCACGGCCGGAGCUUCAACGGAACUCAGUUUUGGUACUUGUCGAUCAGCAUGCCGCAGAUGAGAGAUGUCGACUAGAGGCACUGAUGCAAAACUACUUUGAGAAGGCGGAUGGGUCCGACGAGGUGAUUGCACGGACGCAGGCUCUUGAUAAGCCCCUUCAGUUCGAGUUUUCCAACAAGGAGCAUCUUUUACUGCGAAGAUAUGCUCAUCAUCUGCGUCGAUGGGGCAUCUUCUACACGCUGGGGGAUCAAGAAACAAAUGAAUGGCGGCACAAGAGCAGGCAAUUAGCCAAGGUUGAGGUGCUGAGUCUCCCACCAAGCAUCUAUGAGAGAUGCAAGACGGAUCCGAAGCUGCUUGCGGAGGUCUUGCGGAACGAGAUAUGGAAGCUUGAGGAGGAGGGCAGACCGACUACUCGGCCCUUUACUGCUGCCAAAGGUAUCGCCGGUGGUGAGAUCGACUGGGUAUCCAAUUUCCACGGUUGCCCUCAAGGAAUCCUCGACCUGUUACACUCGAGAUCUUGUCGAAGCGCCAUCAUGUUUAACGACAUUCUGUCAAAAGACGAGUGCGAAGAUCUGGUGCGACGGCUGGCGGCGUCAUUGGAGUGCGAGGCACCGACAUCGACCGACACCCAGCGUCGCCCUCGACACAACUCACACCGCCGCGCCUCCGACGAGCCUUCGACGCCGAGAGAUGUAGCCAUGGCCUUUCAGUGGAAGGCAUUCGACUUCUUCGACGUCACCCAGGUCCGACUCGCCGACGACGAGACCCGCGCCUUCUUCGAGAGCAACGAGAUCGCUAGUGUCUGCUCCGGCUCCGACAGCCUCUUCCUCGGGAGCUACGAUGGAUUCGUGCGGAUCGUCGGCUCGAGCUGGAAGAUCGUCAAGAGCUUCCAGGCUCACGAUGUCGGGACGAUCACACACAUGCGCCAGAUCGAGGGGACCAGCUUGCUGGUAACGGUCGCUGAGGACCUGAGCAGCGAGCCGGUGCUGAAGAUCUGGGCUUUGGACAAGUUGGUUAAGAAGACCAACAUGCCGACUUGCCUGAGCACCCUGAACAUUACGAACAACAAGAAGCAGUUUCCGAUAUCAGCCAUCGACCUCCUCGACAACUUGACGCAAGUAGCGGUCGGCUUCGCCAAUGGUGCCGUGACGCUGAUCCGAGGCGAUCUCAUCAACGACCUGGGCGCCAAACAGCGGACCGUACACGAGUCGGAGGAGCCCGUCACGGGCAUCGAGCUGAUGACCGAUGUUCAGGGUGUAACGACUCUCUUCAUCUCCACGACGGCUCGCAUCUUGAAGCUGGCCAUCUCUCGACGAGGCCACAGCUCACCGCCCAAGACGGUGGAGGAUCUGGGCUGCAACGUGGAUUGCAUGACUGUCGACAAAAAGACGGGCGACGUUGUUGUGGCUAGGGAGGAUGCUAUCUAUACGUACACGUUGGAGGGCAGGGGAGCGCCGCGGGCAUACGAGUCGCCCAAGCGGUUGGUAUCGAUCUACCAAGACUACGUCGCGUUGAUCUGCCCCCCGUCAUCUCCGACCACCGAUAAGCCCUCGGACACCAUGCGGCGGCGCUUUGGCGGUGGAGCUGCCGAUGCCCUCUUCAACGCGUCGACUUUUGUCCUCUUGGAACCGGACCUGAGGGUGAUUGGACACACGCAGUCCCUGAUAUCGCCGUUCAAGGCCAUCUUCCAGAUCUGGGGCGACCUCUUUGUCCUUACCCAGGACGGCAAAGUGAACCGCUUCCACGAAAGGACUCUGCAACAGCGCUUGGAGAUGCUCUAUCAGCGCAACAUGUUCCCCUUGGCCAUCGAGCUGGCGCAGAAGUCGAAGAUGGACGCGACGCAGCAGAGUGGCAUUUUCCGAAGGUUCGGCGACCAUCUGUACCAGAAGGCCGACUAUGACGGCGCGAUGGUCCAGUACAUCAAGGCCAUUGACACGACGGAGCCUUCACAGGUUAUCAGAAAAUUCCUCGACACUCAAAGGAUACACAAUCUUAUCCAGUACCUCGAGCAACUACACGAGCAUCGCAAGGCGACGGCAGACCAUACAACACUGUUGCUCAACUGCUACGCCAAGCUCAAAGACAUUGACAAGCUCGAAGCCUUUAUCAAAUCUCCGGGUGAUCUGAAGUUUGACCUCGAGACCGCCAUAUCGAUGUGCAGGCAAGGAGGCUACUAUGAACAAGCGGCGUACCUUGCUAAGAAACACGGUGAAACCGACCUGGUCGUGGACAUCCUCAUUGAGGAUUCGAAGAAAUACGCAGACGCGCUGGACUUUAUCUGGCGCCAGGAUCCGGAGGUGGCAUAUCCCUGUCUCAAGAAAUACGCUCGGGUCCUCAUAGAGAACUGCCCGAAAGACGCAACUACACUCUUCAUCGACUACUACACAGGCAAAUACCGUCCCAGGAUACACAUCAUCCCCAUUGAAGACAAUGAAGAGAGUGUCGCAGCUGGAGGCUAUGUUGCAGGCGCCGCGAAUGCCGUCCAGAACCUUUCCAACUUCCUUCCCUUGCCGUACAUGAACACAUCCUCUAUCUCCAGUCCUUCAACACCAGGAAACCAGACGAAGCCGAUUAAUGGCGAUGCCUCUCUCGUCAUGAAUCCCGAAGACAUUCCAGCACCAAAGUACUCGCCACCGCGGCCACGGACGGCCUUCUCAUCAUUCAUCGACCACCCCGAUGAGUUCAUCGUUUUCCUAGAAGCCUGCCUCAAGGAGCCAGCUCUGGAGGAGAAAGACCGAACAGAUUUAUACACGACAUUAUUCGAGAUGUACCUCCACAAGUCCAACGAGAAGAAGGGGGAUCAGCACAAGGAAGAAUGGGAGAACAAAGCCAAGACGCUCAUCGAGGGCCAAGACAUACCAAUGGAGAGCUCGAAUGUCCUUCUUCUCUCCCACCUCUCAGACUUCAAAGACGGCACAACGCUCGUCAAGGAGCAAUCAGGCCUUCUCUUUGACAUCUUCCGCUCCUACACGUCAGCCAAGGACACCCGCGGCGCCAUCAAAGCCCUCCGCAAGUACGGCCCGGAGGAGCCCCAGCUCUACCCAGCAGCUCUGGCCUACCUGACCUCGGACCCCCGCAUCCUCGAAGAGGCCGGCCCCGUCGAGCUCUCCAACGUGCUCGGCAAGAUCGACCGCGACGGUCUCAUGGCCCCGCUGCAGGUCAUCCAAACGCUCGUCGGCCAAAACGGGUCCUCGGCAGGAGGCGGCGUCGCGACGAUGGGCAUGAUCAAGCCCUACCUGCACGAGACGAUCGAUCGCGAGCGCAAGGAGAUCGCCGCCAACCGCCGCCGCAUCACAGCCUUCCGCAGCGAGACUGAGCAUAAGCGUGCCGAGCUCGCCGAGCUUGGCUCUAAACCCGCCGUCUUCCAGUCCUCCCGCUGCUCCGUCUGCACCGCGCAGCUCGACCUGCCGGCGGUCCACUUCCUCUGCAAGCACAGCUUCCACCAGCGCUGCCUGCGCGUCGAGGGCGAGUGCCCGCAGUGCGCCACCGACAACGCCACCAUCCGCGCCCUACGCAAGACGCAGAUCGAGACGGCCGGCAAGCACGAGCUGUUCAAGGCCGAGCUGGAGAGGAGCGAGGACCGCUUCGGCACCGUCGCAGAGUGGUUCGGCCGCGGAGUCAUGGGGGCGCCUAAUGCUGAUACCACGUAG